AUGGCUUCGAUUAUUUUCACCUUUACUUUCAUCGCUGCUGCAAGCGCAUAUGCAGCUACUAGUUAUGUAAAGAGAUACGACAAUGUGCAAAGCAAUUAUCAUCAAGCACCUCUUCUGAUUUCUCAACCCAUUCAACCUUUAAUUCAUCAUCAUCAAGCUGUUCCAAUUCAACAAAGUUAUGUACCAAUUCAAUCAGGGCACUCUGGAUAUUCUGGAUAUGGAAGUCAAGGCGGUUAUGGUGGUGGAUAUGCUGGUGGAUAUCAAGAUUAUUAUUCUUAUCCCAAAUACAAGUUCGAAUAUGGAGUGAAAGAUCCACAUACUGGUGACCAUAAAAGUCAAUGGGAAGUUCGUGAUGGAGAUGUAGUGAAAGGUGAAUACUCUUUAGAUGAAGCUGACGGAACAAAACGAGUUGUUCAAUACACAUCCGACAAGCAUAAUGGAUUCAAUGCAGUCGUUAAGAAGAUUGGACAUGCUCAUCAUCCACAAGUCUAUCACCAACAACCAUACCAUCAAGGUUACGCCAAUGGAUACAAUCAAAUUUAUGCUACUGGCCAACACCUUUAUUAG